AUGUUGUCCAAGUCUUUCGUUGCUUUGUCCCUUCUCUCGUCGUCGGUGUCGGCCGAGACUGUGUUGGGAGUUUACAUGUUCCACAGACACGGAGACCGCACACCAAAGGCUCUUGCUCCUGCCAACUUGACCGACCUUGGUUACACUCAAGUCUUCACCUCUGGUGACUACUACCGCAGCCGCUACAUUGAAUCCGGCGCCGAACACAGAAUUCUGGGCAUCAACUCCGAUAUCGUCAAGCAAUCGCAAAUCAGUGCUUCUGCUCCUUCUGAUACUGUUCUCCAGAACUCGGCCACGGGUUUCUUGCAGGGUCUUUAUCCUCCCGUUGGCGAGGGCUUGGGUUCUCAGACUCUCCGCAAUGGAUCUAACGUGACUAGCCCACUCAAUGGCUACCAACUCAUUCCUUUGGCCCUGACCACCAGCGGUGGCGGCAGUGAGGACAACGGCUGGCUCCAGGCUGCUUCUGGCUGUGCCAAUGCUGUCAGCAGCUCCAACGAGUACUUCUCCAGCCCUCAGUACAUCGAUCUUCUUGCUAGCACUCAGGACUUCUACAACAACCUUACUCCUGUGAUCAACGGUACUUUCAGCUCGGACCAGAUCAGCUACAAGAAUGCCUACACCAUCUACGAUCUGAUCCACGUUGCUGAGAUCCACAAUGCCACCAUCAACUCAUCUGACAUCCUUACUCCUGACGUCCUCCACCAGAUCCAGUCUCUGGCCGAUGAGCACGAAUGGGGCCUUGCUUACAACUCCUCCAACGACAUGCGUGCCGUCGCCGGCAUGGUGCUCGCCGCCGAAAUUGUCCAGUUCCUGAACAACACCAUCACUGGCCAAGGCAAGAGCAAAUUCGGCGUCCAAUUCGGCGCCUACGGAACCUUCUCUUCCUUCUUCGGUCUCGCCGACUUGCCAGUCACUAACCCUGACUUCUACGGUAUGACUGAUUAUGCCUCGUCCAUGGCCUUCGAGCUCGUCACCAAUGCUAGCACUUCGCCUUUCCCUGCUGCUAGCGAUAUUUCUGUGCGUUUCUUGUACCACAACGGUACUGCCAACGCUACCAGCCCUCCUGUUGCUUACCCUCUGUUCGGCACCGGCAACGAACUUACCUCGUGGAAUGACUUUGUCACUGCAAUGGACAAGUUCAGCAUUGGCAGCACACAGCAAUGGUGCACUGCCUGUGGCAACAGUACUGGCACUUGCGCUGCCUACGCUCCUGCCUCUUCCUCUGGCAGCUCCUCCUCUUCCUCUGUCCAGAACAAGCAGAAGAGUGGAAAUGGCUUGAGUCCUGCUGUUAAUGGCGUGAUCGGUGCCAUGGUUACUCUGGCUGUUAUUCUUGGUCUUGAGGCUUUGAUUUUGCUUGUUGGUGGCUUCAAGGUUGUGAGCAAGAAGACUCUUGCUGCUAGUGCUGUUACUGCUGAGACCGUUACUGGUGGCAAGGCUGCUUAA